AUGAUUGAUACGAAUUACGAUAUGGACACUGGCGAAUAUGAAACUAAUGCAUUGGUAAUUAAUAAUAUAUCAUCCGUGAACUUCGCCUUUUACGACCCUGUCUCCCCGAAUUUGGCAUCCUUCGGUUCCAAUGCGAUCGAGCUCGAGACUACACUCCGGCGAGACGGGUUCUUAGCCUAUUUCGAUACCAUCCGACGGGGAGUAUGGCUCUUUCGCCUGUCGCAAAAAGACAAGCUUCAAGGAAGCCAAUCGGCCACGUCAAUAUUCCCAAAGUCCAUUGGAAGUGCUGGAUUUACCUUUGCUUUGAGUGAGGAGGGUGUUUUUGAAUCGGCCGCGCUGGUGAAGAAUCGCACUCAUGGUCCAAAUUCAGCCAAUACUCCGGCUAGCUCCUCGUCCAGCGGAUCCGCCGUUCUCGAUCCGAGUUAUAGGAACACACAGUCUGCCACUCUUCCCUCUGGGCAACCCUUCCCUACAAUUAGCGAGCAGGACAUUAAAGCAGUCUCCCUUGAUUCAAAAUCCGUUUCAUCUGCUUCUGUAAAAGAUGUCUACGAACACUUCAUUUCCGCUGCUCUAUCUGCGGUAUCUUCGAGCUUCUGUGUUACCACCAGUGCUAUUCCAUUAAGCUCUCGAACAUUUCUCCUCCCACGGACCUCCCAAGAUGAUUUCCUCAGUGUCCCCGCUGUUCUCGCCUCUCUACGCAUAUAUCUUACAACAACGGGUAACUUGGUUAUAUCCUUCGCGCUUUCUUUGGCAGAGGGUAUAAUCAAUUUGUCGGAAAACCUAGGACACCCUCUCCCGUCGCUGGGUGUUACCGUACUCGCCGCACCUUUGGGCAUGUUUGCUAGUUGCCACCCGAUUACGAUUUCCGAGACUACAGCCACCGAGGGUAGCUACGGCCAGUCACCAGAUACGCAGGUUAUGAGGUUGCGGUCGGAAAGGGAUGACGGCCCCUGGCGGAAUAUUUGCUCCAAUUUCCUUCAAGCCCGUAAUAUACCGUCCUCUUACUGUGAAUCGCAGAACUGGGUUGGUCUUCAGCGAAUGCGUCGGAAACCAACAGAACAGAAUAUAGACGGAAAAAGAACUCCUGUUGUAGGUGCUCCUAGUAUAUCAUGGCCUGUCAACCUCUGCUUCUGCAAGAUAUUUUCGCGGCUGUCUAUUGGGGGUGAAAUAGAGGAUCAAUCAGCCGACCGGAAAUUUGACGCCUUAAAAGUUGCAAAACAAUGGUUCUUGAGCGCGGGAGAACGUGAUAACACCCUAGAAAAAAAUAAAAAGGAGAGAGAAUCUGCGAUAGCUCGGGAAGCCUCAUUAGCGGACGGCCAAGCUCAGCACGCGAAUGGGCUUUCACCUCUAGCUUUACACCGGUCUGGUAAUACCGGGGCACCACCAGGAGGGCUCUAUCUUACACCACCGGAACCUAACGCCCAGAGCAUCAUAGGCGCAACACCGUCGAUGGAUGAUUCAGCUUCUAGUCCUGGAAAUCAUGUGACCACUGCGGCGCCAGCAGAUAUGGAAUCUACCCGCAACGUAUCAUAUAACGAUGAUUGGGAGAACACGGAAACGAAGCGUGAGCGCAUCGGCAGCUCAUUCGAAUCCGAAAAUCUUUUCGGUGAACUUGGCCCCGAUAUGUUUGGCGACACGGAUAUAACAGAAGCGGAUUUCAACUUCUUCGAUGAGCAACCUGGAGACAUGGGUUUGAGUUCUCUUGACCUUCCAAGCCUCCAAAAUACGGAUUCUAGUCUCGAUCUUGGAGUUGGCCUUCCAACGUCACAAGAAUCACAUAUGCAAACGGGCGCUCCGGAUAUUCACUUGCCUGAUGCCACUCCCUCGCCAACGUUUACGAAACCUGAGCUUAAACAUGCCCGAAGCUCGUUAGGAGAAGAAGUGCGACGUCAUGGUGGACUCGAAACUAACAGAUCGCAAUCUGCGGCCUUGAAACGGCCUGCUAGCCCGUUCAACCCGGAUACGGUAUUCAAGAGAAUUAGAGCUUCCCUUGAUAACCACAAAGCCGUCCACAAGAAUUCUCGUAUGGACUUCUCUUUUCAUAGCAGUAUUUUUGAUAAGGUGGAAUUCGGUCCUGGCUUAUCAAUGGUAAAUAGCAAAUAUGAAGGGAGUGGACGGUUUGAUUUUUCCCUUGAGCGACAAGCAGCGGACACCAAGUCCUCGAGCGCGAACGAGCCACCGACCACAGAUUAUCUACGACGUCAUUCAAAGAACCGAAAGGGCCUAAAAGAACUUCCUGCGAAAGUUGGACAACUCCUUAGUCGUUCUUCCGGCACCCAAGUUCCGACGUCGGACAGAGCGAGUCCCUCUGGUAUCGACGAAGCUCAUUCAGAUGCUGAUGAGAUUAGUCUCGUGUCAGAUCAGGAUGACUCCAGUUACGAUAGCGACGAACCUUUAUCCCCAGUCAAAUCUUCGAGUGUGAGGCGACGUCUAGUCGAUGAUGACGGGGAAUCGCUUGCUACAUCAUUUAGAGAACUCGAAUCUGUGGAUGUCAGCUCGCCGCAUUUGCCACUUGAAUUUCCUCAAACUUGCAAGUCUGAAGCGGAUCUUCUCACAAAAUAUUUUGCCGACCCGGAGCCGCCUUUUCUUCAAUAUUCAUUACCGGAUGAUCUGUUAAUCAUGGCGGCACAGAUCCUAACAGAUCAGUUCUCCACUUCGACACUUUUCGUCAAUCAUAUCUCACAGCCUUUAGAUUCAAGAGUUGAUAGACAUCGUCAACUCACCGGUUUAACACGGAAAUCCAUCCAAGAUAUCAAAUCUUGCCUCCCCCCUUGUCUCGCAACCGCCACUGAGUAUCAAUUCCGCCCCUUCAUAGAAAUUCAAGAUGUGCCGCUUCUUGGUCAGCCUACGAGGAUGCAGCCAAGGCCACCAGGUGCUGACCAAACGAGACCAAGCAACUUAUUCCAGAUUCCAUCACCACAUUUUGAGUUACGACGAUAUGAGUCGAAAUUGUCCGUUCUGCCUUCUGCAGUAUCGUUUUGGGAGAGCCUUGGACUCAGCCCGUCCCCGGGGAAUAAAGACAUCAACGCUAUCUGCAUUUUUCCUGAUUAUGAAGGUCUUGGCGACGAUAUGCUAGUGUUUACGGAUAGGAUGCGUAGCAUCUAUGAAUCCUUAAAACUAGGCUCGUUUAAUCGCCUUCCAUCAUCAUCUGGCAGUGAAAACGGCAUGUUCCCUUUCUCGGUUGAAAAAGACUCAGCGCCGUUUUCUAAAUCGAUGGCGGCUUGUGUUUCCAAAAUCUGCCAAACGCUAGCUUCAAUGGUAGUUGAGGAGAUAAAUUUCGUUGUUUUCUUCGUCUAUUCACCAGAUGCUAUUUGGUCGAUUGUUGAAUGCUGUGCGGUUUUCAACCAAAUAUUCGAAGACUACAAACAAUUACUAGCUAACAAAAAAUUGGCAUCAACCAACGACCUAGCCUUGCAACUGAUUCCACAAGAAUUCGUAGCAUCUUCCAACUCAGUGGCCAUGCCAUCUCCCUUCGAUUUUUCUAGGCUAGCAAUGGAGAUAUAUGACAGGUGCACUCAAUUCGGUAGUGCGGCGACGUCCCCAGCUAUUACACUUGAACAACCACCACCACGGAUGAUUGAUUUCAAAUUAACAACAAACCCAUCUGCAUCCUUACUACAUGAGAAUACCUGCCUGCAUAUUGCUUACGCGCAGAGUAUAGAUGGGAGAUGGAUCACGGCGGCCUGGACGGACAAUAGGGGUAGCCAACAAAUGACUGCGUCCUACUGUCUAGGAAGAAAGGGGAAGAGUCUAUCGAGACCAGUUGCAGAUGUCGCAACGGAGAUAUGGGGUGCAACGCGUGAUUUUAUCUCGACAUGGAAGGUUCAUUGGCGCAUUAUUAUUGCGAAGUGUGGCGUAAUGGAACAGUCUGAGAUAGAGCUCUGGUCCACUCUUGCACAAGGAGAGUCAAAGGCGUCGAUUAGCUUGACCCUCAUCGCAGUAGACACGGACCCAUCUCUGCAACUGCUUCCACCAGUUGUCAAAGUGUCUAAUAAUGCUCUUUCGGUAUUUUACACAACACCGGUUUCGACCCCGCAGGGGUCUAUGGUCUCCCCCGAGCAGAGUGGUAACCCCACUACCCCUAUACGAGAGAAUGUAAUGAUGAGCGCUGCUACGCCCGGAGGCGAAAACAAUGGGGAAUCCGAAAACGAAGCCACAUUAACGGAAAUCACAGACCAAACAUGGGGUGCUGUGCUUUCUCACAGAUUAAACAAUUCAACUUCACUGACGGAGCUCAACCCAGCUCUAAUCAGCGGAUAUCUAGUAAAACGAGGCGGAACAAGAAUUGAAGAUCCGCCCACCGUCAUGGAGGUUAAUAUUAUACACAACGAAGGGAAUCCUAGGGCAUACGAAUCACUCCUAAGGGAGAUGCUUACAUAUUACCGUGGGCUAGGAACACUAGCUAGGGCUCGUGGUAUGGUAGAUAAGGAGACUGACAUCCGGCCGUGGCAUAUCGCUGCGGCCGAGAAAGCUGUCAAGGCUUUAUACAUGCUAAUGUGAUAGAAGGAUGUUAAUGUCUAAACACUGAGAGGGGAAGUGUCCUCAGGCCGCUAUAAGAAACCGCUAUUCUAUCACAGGCCAUAUAAUUUAAUACAUUACUGAUAUACAUACAUUAUUGAUACUCGUGGGUCAUUACUAAGCUUAUUUGUUCGCCUACUAGGACAUCUACCUGAGGACAUGAUACCCCUCAUUCCUUCAUUGUCCGGGGUUCCCCAAACUAUACCCCAUAUGAAGCAACAAAGAGCUGACGAUAUCACAACCAUUCGCCAACGGCAACCAACCACGCACCCAGACCCUUGCGUCACAGCACGUUGGGGAAAACAACGCGAUGUUUAUAUCCGUACAGGUCUCGGCAUUAGGGCCAUGUGAUACAGUCUCGGACACGUUCGGUCCACGGGAAUGGCAAAAAGAGCUCAAAAGGGCAAAAAUUUUCGAUUUUGAAAGCAAGUAUCCAAAAGCAAAUUUCGCACUAAUGACGAGACUAGCGACGUUGGUGAUGAUCAUAGGUAACAUCAAGUGUAACACAACAUUAGCCUCUAACCUUUAUCUUUAACAGCUGAAGGGAAAGCAAGACUACUGGGUGCCCCCUAGGGGGGCAUGAUUUUCCAGCAAGCCACUUCCCCCCUUCCUUUAGGAAUAUAUAUCUCGUUGC